UAUUCCAGGCAAUAAUGAACAAAGAAAAAUAUAUUAAAAAGUAGUAAGUUGACACUUUUUAUAAGUUUUUUACUCGACAAUGUUAACUUUACAAAUAAGUAGCUCCAUAAGAGAUGCUACUUCAGAAAGAAGAUUCCAAGAAAACAUUACUGUUGAAAACUUGAAGGGAAAACUAGAGAUGAUCACUGGUGUGAUGGCAACAAUGAUGGAUUUAGAAGUCUAUAACAAUCAAAACAAAUUCAUUUGCAAAUUAAAUGAUGACUUGGCAUCACUUAAUUCUUAUCCCUUGCAAAACAACAUGAGACUUCAUGUGAUCAAUAAAGAUCCAUCAACAACUUUUGGUGAGUUUGAUGAUGUAUCAAAAGUGGAAAAAUAUGUAAUGGAUCAAAGUGAAUAUGAGAAAAAGACAGAUUCUGUCUUGGCUUUCAAGAAGCAAAACAAGCUUGGUCGUUUUGGCAAAGCUGAUCCAGGCCAAAAAGAAAAGAAAGAAGAGGCUGAACAUUUGGAAAAUGAAAAGGCCAAGAGUAUCACUCCAGGUUGUAGAUGCUUGGUAACAAGAUCAGGCAUUCCACCUAGAAAGGGAAUGGUUAAAUUUGUAGGAAAAACAGAGUUUGCUGAUGGAUGGUGGAUUGGUGUCCAAUAUGAUGAACCAGUUGGUAAAAAUGAUGGAAGUGUAAAAGGCAAAGAUAUUUUGAAUGCCCCUUUAAGUAUGGAGCAUUUGUAAAACCAUCUUGUGUUGAAAUUGGUGACUUUCCGGAGGAAAAUUUUGAUGAGGAUGAUGAUGAAAUGUAAGGAUAGUAAUAUGCAUUGGAGAAUUGCAAAUUAUCUAAAUAUUUUAUGCAUAUCAACAAUCAGAAUAAGUUAGUUUAUUUAAAACAUAUAGAUGAGUAAUUUAUUAUUAGUAUGGUUAAAGCUGUAAAGCCAAAAAUUCUUUGCGUUUGCCUCUUGUUUACUUCUACGACAGGAUUGGCUUAUCAGUGGCUAUUUUUCAAAACCCCAAGUGGUUUUAAGCAGUUAAAUGUGACAACUAUCUUUGGUCAUGUUUAUUUUUCCAACCAUAAUAAAAUUCUUACUAUAAAUGCAUGUAGAUGCUUGAGGGUGCAGAUAUACCGCCCGGUAUAUCCCUGGUCAUAAUAAAAUUGUUGUCAGGGCUUGUGUA